GCUAGUAAACCUCCAGAAAUUUCAUUGUUUUUAUGUUCAUUUAAAUGAAAUUAAUCUUUUUAGCCAUGGUUCAUGCUGGUGUCGGGGUCAGACAAAUAAACAGUAUUUUGUCUACCAUAAACAUACCCGCUGUCAACCACACCAUGCUCAUUAGAAGACAAAACGAGGCUGGACAAGCUGUCGAAGAGGUGGCAAAGUCAAGUGCCGAUACAUUCUUGCAAGAAGAAGUGCAUUUGAAUGCCUAACAAUGAGAUUGAUGUCAGUGUGGAUGCAGGAUGGCAGAAAAGAGGCAGUGGAAGGGCGUAUGAUAGUUUAUCAGGACACUGCUCAAUGGUCGGCACGAAGACUGGCAAGGUCUUUGCAUAUGCAGUCCGUACCAAAACCUGCAGAGUAUGCAGUCAGCAUAAGAAAAAAGGUAAUGACCCAUGCAAGCUACACGAUUGUAGAAUAAAUUGGAGUGGUUCAGCAAAGGCCAUGGAACCAGACAUGGUCACUGAAAUGAUCAUUGAAACUGCCAAAAAAGGUGUUAAGGCUACAGGGAUAGUGGGUGAUGAUGACACCACAACAGCAGCAAGACUGAAAACCAAUGUUCCCCAUAUGGUAGAGAAAAGAUCUGACAAAAAUCAUGUGAAAAAAAAUCUGGCCAAUUGUCUGUAUGGCAUGCAAAAGAACUUUCCAACUUUAAGCACAAAAAAUAUCAACUAUUUACUUAAAUUAUUCAACUACAAUAUAUCACAGAAUAAACAAAACCCUGUCGGCAUUUCACGUGGUAUGGAUGCUGUUGUUGGACACGCGUUUGAUGAUCAUUCUUUCUGUGAUGACACAUGGUGCAGGUUUAUUCAUAACAGCUCUGCUAAAUAUUCCUCCUUUCCCUAUGGAAGACCACUGACCAAACCUUCACUGAAGGCGGCAUUGUUUGAUGUUUUUGGUGCUUAUAAAAAAAUAGCCCCCAAAUUGAGCAUGUUGAGCAGUACUCAAGCCAACGAGAGUCUAAACAAGUCCAUAGCCAGCAAAGCUCCCAAACAGCUUCAUCUUUCUGGGUCAGCUAAUUUGAAUUUUAGGAUUGCUGCUGGUGUAGCACAGAAAAACCUUGGAAGCUGUUAUCUCACAAAUGUAAUAUAAUAUAUAUAUUUUGGAUGUUAUAUUAUACUUUACAAGUUCUGCAUGCUGUCAUGAAAUGACAUUUGAUUUGUUUUUAGCUUGACUACUAUAUAUGAAAUAUAUAUAGUGGAGCUAGCCUACUCACCCCGGCGUCGGCAAGAGCGUUGGAAUGUUAAAGUUUGCGUACCACCUCAAAUAUUUUCUUUGUUCCUUGACAUAUUGCUUUCAAAUUUUGCAAACUUCUUUACCAACAUGACCCUAAUCUAUAAACAAGAGCAGACAACUGUACCAAGCAUUUUAUAAGAAUUAUGACCCUUUUUAUGUCCCCCACCACUAUAGUGGGGGACAAAUUGUGUUUGCCCUGUCUGUUGGUUUGUUUGUUUGUGUGUUUAUGUAAAACUUUAACAUUUGCCAUAACUUUUGCAAUAUUGAAGAUAGCAACUUCAUAUUUGACAUGCAUGUGUAUCUCAUGGAGCUUCACAUUUUGAAUGGUGGAAGGUCAAGGUCAUCCUUUAAAGUCUAAGGUCAAAUAUAUGGGUCAAGAUCGCUUAUUAAAUGUACACUUUUGCAACAUUGAAGAUAGCAACUUGAUAUUUGGCAUGCAUGUGUAUCUCAUGGAGCUGCACACUUUAAGUGGUGAAAGGUGAAGGUCAAGGUCAUCCUUCAAGGUCAAAUGUCAAAUAUAUGGGACAUAGUGUUUCACAUACAUAUCGCUUGUUCUACUUAGUAUAUGCAUAUUAUUGAUAAAUCUAUGUUAAUAUUUGUGUACCACCUCAAGUAUUUUCUAUGUCCCUUGACAUAUUGCUUGCAUAUUUUUUAUACUUCUUUAGCAACAUGACCCAAUCUAUAAACAAGAGCAGACAGCUGAAUCAAGCAUUUUAUAAGAAUUAUGUUCCCUUUUUAUACUUAGAAAAUUAAAAAUUAAGUUAAGUUUUGUAUUAAGGUCCACUUUAUUCCUUAAGUAUCAAAGCUAUUGCUUUCAUACUUGCAACACUUACUUACCAUAAUAAGGGGACUGUGCAGGCAAAGUUAUGUAACUCUGACUGGCAUUUUGACAGAAUUAUGGCCCUAUUAUAUUUAGAAAAUUGAAAAUUUGGUGUUUUGGUCCACUUUACACCUAAAGUAUCAUAGCUAUUGCUUUAAGAAUUGGAACACUCCCUAACUAUCAUAAGGGGACAGUACAGGAACAGUUGUACAGUUGUGUAUUCUGGUUUGCAAAUUUAUGGGAUUAUGGUCCUUUUUUGACUAAGUAACUUUAAUAUUUUGUUAAAUUUUGUGUUUAGAUCCACUAUACUUCUAAAGUAGCAAGGCUAUUGCUUUCAAACUUCAAAUACUUUCUUAUUAUCAUGAGGGUACUGUACCUGGCAAGUUGAAUUUGACAUUGACCUUUGAAAUACCUUGACUCUCAAGGUCAAAUUAUUAAAUUGUGCUAAAAUUGCCAUAACUUCUUUAUUUGUGAUCAGAUUUGAAGGACUUUACCAAAAUCAUAACUAACUAAAGGGGUCAUAUAUUGAUCGGACCGUCCGUCCGUCUGUCUCUCCGUCACACUUUGCGUUUAGGUUACGAAAAAAGGCUCAUAACUUCUAUGCCACUUCAGAUGUAACCUUCAUAUUUGGUAUGCAUGUAUGUGUAUAUGGACAAGGCCUUUCCAUACACACACAAAUGUGGACCCCUUUGACAUUGACCUUGAACUUAGGGUCCUCGUUUAGGUUUCGAAAUGUGCCUUUAGGUUUCGAAAAAUGCAAAUAACUUCUACGUCGCUCCAGAUGUAACCUUCAUAUUUGGUAUGCAUGUGUAUAUGGACAAGGCCUUUCCAUACGCACAAAAAUGUGUAUAGUUUAGCUUGUUUAAACAUGUAAUUUUUACAAGAAUUAUCACCUUAACUGACUCCUUUAUUUUGCGUAAGUUAUACAUUGUGAUUAUGAAUUAAAAUUCCUUUUUUUCUUUUUAUUAGUUAUUGUGAUUAUACAAUCAAAUAAUUGUUACAAAUUUUACAAAAUUAUCACCUGUUGCAAUUUGGGAAUAAUAUUUAAGUGCAUAUUAAUAUUGCAAUAGGUAAACUGAUAAUGGUAUAGUCAUUACAAGAAAGAUCUGUUUCGCUAGCUAUACAAUUUUUAUACGCCCGUUUUUAAAAACGGGACAUAUUAUAGUUUCACCCUUGGCGGGCGGGCGGCGUCCACAGCAGUGUCCGCUCUCUAAUUCAAAUAGUUUUCAUCAAAUUUUCACCAAACUUGGUCAGAAGUUGUGUCUAGACAAUAUCUAGGUCAAGUUCGAAUAUGGGUCAUGCUUGAUCAAAAACUAGGUCACGGGGUCACUUAGUGCAUUUCAAAUUAAGCAUGGUGUCCGCUCUCUAAUUGAAGUAGUUUUCACCCGAUCUUCACCAAAUUUGGUCAGAAGUUGUGUCUAGAUGAUAUGUAGAUCAAGUUUAAAUAUGGGUCAUGCCGGGUCAAAAACUAGGUCACGAGGUCACUUAGUGCAUUUCAAGCAUUUAGCAUGGUGUCCGCUCUCUAAUUGAAGUAGUUUUCAUCCGAUCUUCACCUAAUUUGGUCAGAAGUUGUGUCUAGAUGAUAUGUAGGUCAAGUUCAAAUAUGGGUCAUGCAGGGUCAAAAACCAGGUCAUGAGGUCACUUAGUGCAUUUCAAGCAUUUAGCAUGGUGUUCGCUCUCUAAUUGAAGUAGUUUUCAUCCGAUCUUCACCUAAUUUGGUCAGAAGUUGUGUCUAGAUGAUAUGUAGGUCAAGUUCGAAUAUGGGUCAUGCAGGGUCAAAAACGAAGUCACGAGUUUACUUAGUGCAUUUCAAGCAUUUAGCAUGGUGUACGCUCUCUAAUUGAAGUAGUUUUCACCCGAUCUUCAACUAAUUUGGUCAGAAGUUGUGUCUAGAUGAUAUGUAGGUCAAGUUCAAAUAUGGAUCAUGCAGGGUCAAAAACGAGGUCACGAGGUCACUUAGUGCAUUUCAAGCAUUUAGCAUGGUGUCCGCUCUCUAAUUGAAGUUUUUUUCAUCCGAUCUUCACCUAAUUUUGGUCAGAAGUUGUGUCUAUAUGAUAUGUAGGUCAAGUGAAAAUAUGGUUCAUGCCGGGUCAAAAACGAGGUCAGGAUGUCAUUUAGUGCUUUUCAAGCAUUUAGCAUGGUGUCCGCUCUCUAAUUGAAGUAGUUUUCUUCUGGUCUUCACCGAAUUUAGUCUGAUGUUACGUCUAAAUGAUAUCUAGGUCAAGCUCAAAUAUGGGUCAUGCCGGGUCGAUAACUAGGUCUCGAGGUCACUUAGUGCAUUUCAAGCAUUGAGCAUGGUGUCCAAAACCUUCGAACGGGCGUAUCUUGUGACAGUUUGGAAGUCUUGUUAAAAAAUGAGAAGUUUCUGUCUUAUUACUUAAUGUGAUUAAUAUUGUGUCUUAUUACUUAUUAUUAAUGCAUUGUGAUAAUUAUACAGUCAUAUACAUAUAUUUGUCCAUUGUUGCAAUUUUAAUAUACAUAGUUAAUUAUGUAAACAUAACAUUAUUUAUAAAUAUUAAGUUAUAUAUAUAUAGUCUUAAAUAAUGACGACCGACUGUUGGUGACUCAAGUUAUAUUUCUUUUUUUGUAUUUUGAUUAUUUAGAAUGCAAAAAAUAUAAUGCUAUAUAUCAUAUAGUUGACUGACUCUGUUACAUAUUUACUCAUGUUUGUCACAUAUUCAGUGCAAAUGUGUAGUACAUGCACAAUGUUGAUAUGUAAAUUUUACAUUAAUUAUAGCUUGAAAGCAAUGUAUUUGUAUUGUAUUUAUCUUAUGGUGUAAAAUGUAAUGUGUGUACAUGGCUCUUAGUCGAAUUUGAUAACAGCUCAGUUAUGUACACAAGCGAUGGUUUGUGUUAAUCAUACCGUUGUUUAAUGAAGUAUUGUAUUAUUCCAUAGUUUUAUAUUGUAAUUACAAGGUGAUCAUUAUACAACCAUUCACUUUUAUCUGUUACAGGUUUACACACAUUUGUUAUACAUUAUGAAACUAAUGAAUAAACCCCAUUGAUUCUAUGUCAAUCUUAUAUUUGAAACCUUACUUAUGAUAAAAGUGUGUCUCCUAUAUCAAACACGUAUGCAAUAGUCAACAGUAAUUUGAAUGCUAUCCCAAUUUCAAUUUAUCCGAAUACUAGUACAGUUUACCAUCAUUAAUCGCGUGUGUGUGAUCUCAUUUAAAAUAUUUUUGUGAUAAAGUAAUUUAAUAUCAUAAAACCAGAAUAAAAAAUGAUUAAGGGACCUUUUUAGCACUUAAACUGGUAAUAGAAGUAUUUCGAAACUGUUGCUAUGGCAACCAAACACAAUUACACAAUACAAAAAACGUACCAUCACGCGGCACGUCCACCCAAAAUUUUCUGACACUUCAGACAUUUACCUAAAAAUUGAUAUAUAAAUUAGCUUUCACUCUUUUUUGCACACGGGAGGUGCCCACGGACUGUACUUAACAUGGGUAACAGGUGGGUGGGGUUAUUGAAGAUGUUUAUUUGAACAUCAACAUGUUUUUUUCAUGUGUUACAUCUGAAAUAUUUCCAUAAGUAUGUAUAUAAUAAAUAUUUCUACGUGUAUCAAAUUUCAGUUGAUAAUUUUAUUUGUUAUGGAGCAGAUAUUAUAUAGAUUUGUUUUAAUUACUAUUACAAUGUGAGUAAUUAUAUUUUUGAAAUUAAGUCCAUAUUAAAAGGUCUGUAGCCAAAAAAAUCCACGGUGACCUAUCAAUUUCUUUACUUCAUUUUUAUGCUAAGCUAGUUUACUUUAAUUAUUGAGAACUUCAAAUGAAUAUGAAAAUUACAUCAACAGAAAUUUGUAUCUGUAUUGUAUGUCAUCGAUUUUUUAACUGUGCAAUAAAAAGUUCAAAACAAACAAAAAACUAGUCAUACUUAUGUCUCAUUACUUUUUACGAUUUCCAAUAUUUUUGGUUUUAAAUGUGUUCAGUAUGAUAAUACAUAGGUUACAGUUGCUGAUGUAAUACAAUCUCAAUAUUAC